CCUUCCCUGGUGACUCGUUGCUGGGAUCAGCAGUACUGAGGGCUCCCAAGGAGAAAGUGGAGAGUGCUGUGGGGGUCUUCUCCUUGAGUCCUGUAGGGCACGGUGAUCUUUCCUCAAAGCAUGGGUCUGCUGAAAAACUUCCUGCUAUCCUUAAUGGGGCUUCUUCUGGCAUACUACUUUUACUCAUCCCCGGAGUUCAAGCCAGAGAUGCUAAAGGGGAAGAGGGUGAUCAUCACUGGGGCCAGCACUGGCAUUGGGGAGCAGAUAGCCUAUCACCUGGCGAAGAUGGGAGCCCACGUGGUGAUCACUGCCCGGACAGAGGAAAAGCUAAAGAAGGUGGUGGACAAAUGCCUAAGUCUCGGGGCAGCUUCAGCUCACUUCAUCACCGGUUCCAUGGAAGACAUGGCCUUUGCGAGGCAGGUGGUCAUCCGGGCCGAGAAGUUGUUGCAGGGACUAGAUAUGCUGAUUCUGAACCACAUCACCACCUCGGGCUUCACCUACUUUAACAACGACUUGGAGAAUGUUCUCCAUAUCAUGAAGGUCAAUUACCUGAGCUACGUGGCCAUGACCAUCAAGGCCACACCCCUUCUGAAGAAGAGCCAGGGCUCCAUCGUCGUCGUCUCUUCUUUGGCAGGAAAGGUGCCAGGUCCUCUGACUGUUGCCUACUCUGCAAGUAAAUUUGCUCUGGAUGGAUUCUUCUCCAGUCUAAGACAGGAAUUUAUCAUGCAGAAGAAGAACAUUUCCAUUACGCUCUGUAUCCUUGGCUUAAUUGACACAGAAAAUGCCAUGAAAACCAUCUCUGGGGUAUUGGAUUCAGAACCAGCCCCUAAGGAGGAUUGCGCCCUGGAGAUUAUCAAAGGUGGAGCUUUGCGCCAGGAUGAAAUCUACUAUUCUUUCCUCAGCACUAAGUUUCAUACAGUAAUGAGGGCUUUGACCCCUAAUCUGAUCACAGAACACUUCAGGAAAAAACUAAAUGUGAAGAAUAUCAAGAGUCCCUAAAAUCUCACCGCACCCAGGACUUCCCUUAAGGAGCUGGCUGUCAAGUUUUCCUCCUGUUCCAAGGCGGCAAGGACAAGAAGAAAUUAUCUUAAUUUUCAAUAGGGAUAGUUGAGCUAGAUAUUAAGAAAAUCUUCCUGACUACCGGGAAGGUGAAACAUUGGAUUAGGCUAUCAAGGGCACCUCCAAACCUGAAGAUCCAUAAAACUAAAUUAGAUCCCCCAUAGCUAGCUUCAUAAUCAACUUACUUUUAAUGUCUCAUUCUAUGUACAAGUAAAUUCCAUUUUUGAGACACUUCUACUGGUGGAUAACUGGACUGUGUCUAGAGAUAUUCCCAGACUCUAUGAUCCUAAGAGUUGGUUUUUGUGCAGUGCUUUCUACUUGAAGCUCUCCAUCUGACUUCCUACCCUCAGAUGGACAACCACAGCAUUAAAGAAACUAGGUUCUAAGUGGCCAAGUUUAGGGAACUUGACCUCGAAGCCCUGGAUCUGAGAACUUCUGGGACAAUGAACAAAGACCAAACACCCUUGUCCAGAGAAAUUAUGGGGUAUAUAGACCACUGGAAGGUUGGGGAGGGGAGAGAGAGAGAAAGAGAGACAGAGAAUUUGCAUUAGAAGUAGAUAACUCAGGAAUUUUCCAAUUUAAUAUUAUUUUUACCCCCCAAAAUAGUUUCUUUUAAUUCAUAACUACACCCAAAAGAUCAAAUCUUUACUAUUUUACUUCAAACCCAUUUUAGCAAUAAAAGUGUGAAGA